AGGAGAAAAACUAUUGUCUAUGGCAAUGACGAUGGUAAUGUUUCAAUAACUGGCGUAUUGCCAGCUAAUAUCAUUGAUGAAGCUAAAAUGAAGGAUCAAAGAAAAACUAUAGUGUUUGAUGAUAAAGAUGGACAUGUGUCUAUGACUGGAGUUCUAACAGGCAAUGUCAUUGAUGAAGUAAACGUUCCACCAAACAUAGAUAGGAGAAAGACUAUUGUGUACGAUGAUAAUAAUGGCGAUGUGUCUGUGACAGGCGUUGUGCCUACUAAUAUAAUUAAUGAAGCGAAAAAACAAAAUGCAGAUUUUAGGUCAAGAACGGUAGUUUUUGGUAACAACGAUAAUGACUUAUCGAUGACUGGAGUAGCGACAGCGAGUAUACUUGAUGGAGCCAAAGUUACUCAAAAACCAAGUGCAGAAAGAAGAAGAACUAUUGUAUACAAUGAUGAUGAUGGAAAUGUGUCCAUGACUGGGGUUCUUCCAGCAAAUAUUAUCGAUGAAACAAAUGUACAACAGACAACUGAACGCAGAAAGACCAUAGUUUACGAUAAUGAUGAUGGGAACUUGUCUAUGACCGGGGCUGUACCAGCAAAUGUAAUUGACGAAGUUCAACAAAUGGAUCGCAGAAAAACUGUAGUUUUUGGAAAUGAUGAUGGAAAUCUAUCUAUGACUGGUGUAGCACCAAUUAAUAUAGUUGAUGGAGCCAAAGAGCCUAACGAAGGUCGCAGAAAAACAAUAGUCUAUGAAAAUGGUGAUGAUGUUUCCGUUACUGGGGUUGUACUUGUUAAUAUACUUGACGCAGUAACUAAAGAGCCUGAGGCAGAUCGGAGAAAAACAAUAGUCUAUAAUGAUAAUGACGGAAAUAUUUCUGUCACUGGAGUAGUGCCAGCCUACAUAAUUGAUGUAGCAAAGGAAACGGAACCUAAAGGGGAACGCAGAAAAACCAUAGUUUAUGACAAUGAAGAUGGUGAUAUUUCUGUAACUGGAGUAGUCCCAGUCAAUAUAGUUGAAGCGAGACAAAUGCAUGCUGAUCGUAGAGACACAGUAGAUGAUGUAAAGGUGCUACUUGUAAAUCCAGAACGGAGAAAAACAAUAGUUUACGACAGGGAGGAUGGAGAGUUAUCCAUGACUGGCGUUACACCAAUUAAUAUACUUGAUGGGGUAAAUAAACAAACUACAGAUAAUAAAGAAACUGAAGUAUAUGCAAAUGAUGAUAGAAAUGUACCUCUAACUGUAGCAGCAUCAGAGUUGUUUGAGGAUGCCAAUGAACAUCUCGACGAACAAGCGGCUGAGCCGUGCACGGAACGCAGAAAAACUGUUGUUUUUGGUGAUGAUGAUAACAAUGUGUCUAUAACUGGAAGAGUUCCGGCUAACAUCAUUCAAGAAGCUAACAUUGGCCAAUCAGUAAAUGAUGAAUGUAGAAAAACUAUUGUAUUUGAAAAUGAAGAUGGAGAUGUAUCUAAGACUGGCAUUAUACCAACAAAUAUAAUUGGUGAAGAAAAUGUUAUACCACCGUCUGAAAGUAAUCAAAAAAGUGUUGUUUAUGACAAUGAAGGCAGUACUGUGGCUGCAGCAGGCCUGCUUGAUAAAGAAGAUGGUGAUGUUGAAAUCAUUCAACCUUCCAAUACGGAUAGCAGAAACACCGUUGUUUUUGAAGAUGAUGAUGAUGGAAAUAUGUCUGUUACAGAAGUUAUUUCUAAUAACGUUGAAGAAGAACAAUCUAUACAAGCGUCAUUUGAAAGCAGAACAACCGUCGAUUUCGAGGUUAACGACGUGUUCAUGACUGAUUCAGUUCCAAAUAUAGUGCCAGAAAGUACUAACAUUGAAGUACCAGAGACACCUACAAGUUUUAUUGAAGGGGCUCAAACUCAUAAUAAUAAAAUUGAUGUUUUCGAUGAUGAGGAGGAUGAUAAGAUUGAAAUGAUAGACGCAGUUACGAUACCAAAACUAAUAGAAUCUUUUGAAGAAGAAGAUAUAUCUAUGACGCAAGAUGAACCACAGUCGCUAAAGAAUCUUGGUUCAACCACAUUUAACAAAUCAGCUAAUCAAGAUAGGACUGCAGCCAACAAAUCUUUGGCCGACCAGUUACUUUCCGGCAUAGAUAACCCAGCCGACCAAACGUUUGAUAAACCUGGCGUUCCAUUCUCAGCUACCAUAGACAAGUCUCAGGCUGAACAAGUUUUUGCCACUUUAGAAAAGUCUGUGGCUCACCGGGAGCAAACUUUCAACAAAUCUGUAGUUGCUCCCCUUUCCACCACAUUCAAUAAGUCUUCAACCGAUGUAACAAAUAUAGAAGAAAAGCAUUCAGCUACAUUGAACAAAUCUUUGGCCAACCAAGACAUCACAAAUAAAUCAUCAUCCGGUCAAGACCAAACAUUCAACAGAUCUUUGGCUGCCCAUUCAAUAUCCAUGAACAAAAUCCUAACUAGUAAUGUUUUAGUGUACGGGGCCACAACUGAACUUGAAGCUAAGACUGAUGAGAGUAAUGAGAUUGCACAAAUAGUUGGUGAUGUCAAAGUAGAACACAAUGAUAGCCAAGUAUCUCCAAAAGGCUCACUGGCCUUAUCAAAAUCCUCCGCGGAGCAGCUGGCCCGGUCUCGGCUAGAAGCAGCAGCCGUCACUCCACCAAAAGAAUCUAUCCUUGAUGUGUUACUAGAUAUGUCUCAGGCUUCCGGAGAAGAACUCUACAGCAAACCUCAGAGUACAACAUUAACUAGACCCGUCAGCACGGUGACUGAACUAGUCAGCACCGGAACAGAACUCCUCAGCACUGCCACGGACAUUGUCAGCAUUGUUACUGACACAGACAGUGCUGUCACUACCGAAAGCUUCAUCAUGGUGAAGGAUGGGGAACCGGAGACAAUAGACAACCAAACUCUAGCCAUAGAGUAUAAGAAACAAAAGCAUGGCAUAGUUUGCAAACUUCAGCGGAGGCUCAGCGAGCUAAAAGACACGCUUCACAUCAAACCUAAAUCUCCUAAAAAGGAAAAAAUUAAGACUGAAAUUCAAGAUCCGUGCAACACUCCAAACUUGGAUAGCUCUAAAAUGAACAGCGAUAGUGAUAAGAAGUUGCCUAAACCGGCCUUGAAGUCUCCAAGCUCUAUACAUACACAGGAGAAGAAUAAGUCUGUGAAGAUUGACUUGGCGUCCGAAAUUUCCGAUGACAAGGAAGAGGUAGAGUGUCAAGUCGACGAUCAGAUGCAAGUAGAUAUGUCCCUCACCGAGGAAAAAGACGAAGCGAAUGAAACUAAAGGCCAAGCCAAUGAUACUAAAGCGAUUUUAGACGCUCUUUCAGACUUUACUGACACCAGACGCUCCGGAGACUUCGGACCACCAAACCCGGAUAAGAUUAGACAAAGCAUCGCUCCCGAUAGGAAAUCCAUCGUUAUGUCCAGAGAGGAUCUGCUCCGGGAAAUCUCCAUGGCGCAGGUGCUCAUGAAAACUGAAACGGCCCAGACGGAGUUAGAUCUGGACGACACGCAGGGCAGCUCCGACGAGCAGGAGAGUCCCCCGCGGCUCAGCGGGGAGGUGGUUAAGACUCUACGUUUCGAAGACGACGAGUCCAUACUAGAGUCUAAACUCCUUCAGAAACCUGUGUCAUGCGACUCUCCCCCCUACCGGACGUCGUCCGUCAUCCCGGCGUACGAGAUCAGCGAUCCGGUGAAGGAGCUGAUGAAGGACCUCAUAAAGCCGCUGGCGGACGUGGACCAACCUCUGUUCCUCGACCCUUGUCGAAGCUCGCAGGCCAACGAGCUAGAUUCCAGCCAGAUCGACUUGAUUCCCGCUAAGCCUCUGCUCGUGUCUCCUCGCUCCUGUUUGAGAAAGAACGAGCAGGAGGUGGCUCACUCGGUGGCCCGCUCGGAGAUGCACGUCGACGCAGAGAUGGAGUCGAAGGUUAAUAAGAAAGCGGAGCCGGGGCCCGUCAUAGUGUUCGACCAUUUGAAUCCGCUGAAUAACGUGGUGCUGCCGCCGUUGGAUCGGGCCGUCGUUCACAAGUAUAACCCGGUGGGGUCGGAGCACAGCCUGACGCCGAGUAUCCCGAGCCUGGAGAGCGCGUGCUGCCAGACGGAGGCGGAGGCGGUAGCGGUGGCGGGGGCGGGCGCGGGGGCGGCGGUGGUGGGGCUGGCGCUGGCGCGCGCCACCGUGGACCGCGGCGUGGCCGUCGGCCUCAAGCUCGGCAGCUGCUUGAUCGACCGAGCGGUGGCGACCACCACUGUCAACACGCUCAAGGACUGCGAAGUCAACACCUCUAUUGUUAUGAAAGGCAACCGCGAGAUCCUGGCGCAGGACUCGUCGCUGACGCUGGUGGAUGACGUGCUCCCGCGCUCGCCCGUGCGCGUCAUCUUCAAGCUGGAGGAGCCCUACUCCUCCGUCAUGUUGGACUCCGACCUGUCGUCUGUGCAGGACGCGCCCGACACCGGCCGCAAGCGGGGACACGCGCCGGCUAGAGGCGCGGAGGUGACGCCGAAACCGGCGAUCAAGGUGCAGAAGGUGUCGAACAACAUGCAGGUGUCGCGGCGCCCGCGCAGCCAGUCGCCCGCCGGCAAGGACAAGGAGAUCGCGCCGCCCAGCAGAGGGUCGUCGGUGACGGUGGCGCAGCUGUACGCGUGCGCGCGCAGCGUCACCUCCGCCUCGGCCACCGACUCGCGCUGCAGCAAAGAUUGGCGUCCCGAGUUGCUUCACGAAGCGAGUUCCAAGAACUUAGUCGCCGAGCAGGAGUCCGGCGUCAACGUAGUGGCUAAGAUCGACGUACUGCCUUUCAUGGGCACCUCGGAAUGCGAGUGGGAGUCCCGAGCGGCGGACGUCUGGACAUUCCGGCUGCUGCGCGCGCGGCUGCGGCUGAUGAUCCGCCUCGAGCACCGCGCCACCAACACCACCCGCGUGCUGGUGCGCGCCGACACGCCCGUGCGCCUGGUGACCGUGCAGCACGUGCAGCAAGGUACGUGCGGCUGAUGAUCCGCCUCGAGCACCGCGCCACCAACACCACCCGCGUGCUGGUGCGCGCCGACACGCCCGUGCGCCUGGUGACCGUGCAGCACGUGCAGCAAGGUACGUGCGGCUGAUGA